AUGGAUCCUGGCCGACCUCCCUCCAUUCGCAGUGGAAUCUCACACAACUCCUCAGCUAGAUCGUCCAGGUCGGAGAUCGUAAAGCGUCUUGCCGAACAGGAGUCACGCAGGAAACUUGAGGAGCUCCGGAGAAAAGCAGAUGAGGAGAAAGCAAGGGUCCAAUUCCAGGCCAUGCAGAGGGGAAUUGAGAUUGACUCAGACUAUAGGCAGGCAGAGAUUCAAGUAGAGACUGAGAGACUGCAACAUGAACUUGAUGUUGUUGAACAAGAAGAGCAAAAUCAAAUGGAGUCAGGUCAUAACUUGCCGGGUCGGGAUGAGUCAAUCAAAAAUAGAACAAGUACAUGGGUAAACAACGGGGUAAGUAUCUCUGAGCCCACCGUGUUUACGCCGGCUGAUACUAAUACCUCAGUGAAUCCUUGCACAUAUAUGCCAGUGUCUGCGCCAUUGCUGCAGCCCAGCAUUGCCACCUCCAUGACAAGUUACGUUUCUCACGGGGCGGCGAGCGCGCAAGCAACAAGUUCCUUGCCACAUUCCUUUAACCCAAAUCUUCCCGCAUUUUUACCUAACACCAUGUUAGUUCAGUCUUUACCCACAGUUCGUUUGUUCAAUGGUGUACCAGUUGCACAGUUCCCGUCUACCAGUGGCGCACCAACAACAAAAGGAUUGGGUGGUCAGUGCUCAACGCAACGUGGUCCUCCUAGUCAGCAGCCUGCAGGGAACGACAAGGGUCCGGGACCGCCAACCAGUAGAGCAGACGUUUCCAGUGGUGAAGAGCAGAGUGAACCAAGUUCCUCGGGUGAUGAUGACCCAUCAGAGGGUGAUAGAGGUAACAAGCAUUCAUGCUGUCCUAAGGGAACUUCCAAAGCGACGGACAAGCCCCUAACUCCUGUUGCCAAUGCCAGUAACAGUCCUGUGACAGCUUUCACAGGCCCAUACGGCUGUGGCUUUGGAAUUUGGGACAGUCUCCCGAAGCUGGACAUCCCUAAGUUUGACAGUGAGCAUGAUGUUAGGCAGUACGUUACCUUUAGGACAUUGUGGGACAGCAUCAUGAAGGGCCCUAUGUGCCACCUACCAGAGGCCACCAAGUUCACCUACCUGAGAAGUCACCUUGGAGGUCGUCCACUUGCUAUCGCCGAUCGCAACCUCAUCUUGGGAGAUGGAGCAUAUGCCGCCACAAUGAAGCAGUUUCACAAGGCAUAUGGAGAUCCAGCACGAAUAAUCCAAGGCCUACUCGAUCAGCUAGAGUCUCGUCCUGUCCUGGCUCACAACGAUUGGUCUGGACUCCGUGACUUCUCUGAUGAGCUAGCUACUGCAGUAGAGACAGCAGAAAAAUUCGACUUCCGCGAUGAACUUAAGCAUCAUCGCUAUGCCACUGAACUGGUAAAGAAAUUACCUGAAAGGCUGCAUUCAGAGUUCCUUUCCAAAAUGUGGAAUCAAGACCAAGGUAUAAAAUACACCGUACAUCAUCUCAGCCAGUGGUUAAAAAAGAAGACCGGUCCUGCUGGUUUGAUCCUCCUAGAAAGGGCAAGCAAGUCGAAGUCCACCAGGGAGUCCUCACCGUGGAAGAGUCAAGGGCAGAAGAGGUCUUCUGGAAGCCAACCACAUCCAUCGAGGUCUUACAUGGCCCAAGCUGGUCCUCAGUCGACAGCAGCUACGCCAACAAUCAAGAAUAAGAAGGCCAACUGGGAGGCUAAGGCCCAAAGUCCAAGCAAAACAUCUGCAAUGACUCCUGAGAGGAUAACUUGUCUGUACUGCAAAGUAAAAGAGACAGGCCAUUACCUGGAGACUUGCGAAAAAUUCAAGGGACUGAAACGGGACCAGAAACUCCAGUGGUUGACAACAAACCAGCGCUGCAGAAAAUGUGCUAAGAAGCACGAAAAGGAUUGCCUGUAUCCAAAAAAGUGUGAAGAAUGCCACGCUGACCAUCGCACCAGUCUCCACGAACUCAAUGAGCCAACAGUAAAAGAAGCUGUAUUGUGCUCAGGAGUUGGGCCCAGUCCAAGAGUUGACUACAACCGUGAUGUGCUGAUCAAAGUUGUACCACUCACUGUUCAUGGACCUGGGGGUAGCAUUGACACCUUCGGCGUGUUGGAUGAAUGCGCCGAAAGGACCAUGGUUCUCCAGUCAGUUGUGGAACAGUUGGAUAUUUCAGGCCACAAAGAGAAUCUUUGCAUUACCACAGUGAUGGGCGACACUAGAUGGAAGGGAGAAUGUGUCAACUUUCAGGUCUCGGCUCGGGGAGACAGUGAAAAGUAUGCUAUACAGUGCGCAUUCACUGCCCCAGAUGUUCAACUGGUCGAUUACAGUGUAUGCGCAGAACAGCUACAAGACAAGUGGCCUCACUUAAGAGGGCUAGCCUUGUUUUCUGCCCAUAGAGUUCAACCGUCUGUGCUAAUCGGUGCAGACCAUGUUGAACUCACGCUCUCAUCUGAAGCCCGCUCUGGUCCAAAGUCUAGUUCACCUGUGGCGGUGAACACCUUGUUUGGCUGGACUGUUCUUGGUCACCAAGGUCUGCAGAUCCCUGGCAAAACUUUGGAAGGCCAAAGGGUUUUGUUCACUUCAUGCACCUUACAGCAACCAGACCAGAAGCUGCACCAGAUGAUGGAGCAAUUUAUGACAGUUGACAAGUUACCGCAGGUAAAUGAGAAACAAGCAACCCGCUCAAGGAACGACAAGUUGGCCAUAAGCAUCUUGGAGGAGAACACCAAGGAAGUUGAAGUUGAUGGUGUGAAACGACUAGAGACCCCGCUUUUGUGGAAACCUAACCACCAGAGACCUUCCAAUCUCCCACAAGCAGUACUGGCAUUGGCCCGCUCAAACCAGAGGAAAAUUGAACGGAACCCAGAUUUGUCUGAUUAUUGUCGCUCAUACAUCCAGAAGCUCCAAGACCAGGGACAAGUGAGGAACCUUGGACCGGUGGAUGAUUUGUCGGCAGACCAGCAACGGGGUUGGUACAUUCCAUGUCAUGUUGUGCACAGCAGUGGAAAAAACCGUCUCUUUUCAAUUGCUCGUUUGAGUGUGGUGGACAGAGCCUCAACCAUGAAUUGCUUGCUGGUCCAACUUUAG